AUGGCCGACGGGUCUGACACGGGAGGGCGUCCCUGCCACCACCGUCGACACACGGCCCCGGCCGCCACUGGCCCACCACCCACUCUGGCCCCGCAGCAAACAGGUAACAACAAGGGGACAGCUCCAGAGCUUGAGGCCGCUGCUGGGAGCUCGUUAUCCAAAGGGUUGGCAGGGGCAGACGGAGACGGACGGCUACCAGACAGGAGGCAGAGGCGUUCUGCCACAUGUCGCUCUCCGGUGCACUACCUGAAGGACCGCGAGACGGGUGGGCCAUGGCGCGCAGGGUUCCGGGACAUUGAGAACGAGCUGUUUAGUCAGGCAGUGCGGAGCCUGCCCGGGUUGCUGAAGGAACGCCAGCUGAACCUGGGCACCCUCAACAAGGUGUUCGCGUCUCAGUGGCUGAACAGCAGGCAGGUGGUGUGUGGCACCAAGUGCAACACGCUCUUCGUGCUAGACGUAUACUCGGGCCAGAUCACUCGCCUCCCUCUGAUUCGAGACAUGUUUCCGAUGGUGGCCAGAGCCCGGCGGGGCUGUGGCAUCCACGCUCUUGAGCUGAAUCCCUCCAAGACGCUUAUGGCCACGGGAGGUGAAAACCCCAAUAGCCUGGCCAUCUACCAUCUGCCGUCCCUGGAACCCAUGUGCCUUGGCGACCUCCAAGGCCACACGGACUGGAUCUUUGCCAUUGCCUGGAUGAGUGACACCGUGGUUGUGAGUGGCUCCCGGGAUGGCACCCUGGCGCUAUGGUGGUUGGACCCUGACAAUUCAAAUGACAGCAUUGUGUCAGGCGAUGUAGUGGUGUCCCCUAUGAAUAUGCACAUCAGCCCAAAGGACCUGGAAGCCAUCCCCAGGGCCAGCAGCAACCCCUAUAACUACCAGGUGCGUGCCCUUGCCUUCAGCAGCAAGAACCAGGAGCUGGGAUCAGUUUCCCUGGACGGUUACUUCCACUUAUGGAAACCAGAGAACCACCUGUCCAAGAUGCUGUCCAUCAGGCUGCCCUACUUUGGCGAGAACGUUUGCCUGACCUACUGUGAUGAUUUGUCCCUGUACGCUGUAGGCUGCCAGUCUCAUAUCUCAUUUCUAGAUCCACGCCAGCGCCGACACAACAUUCGAACCGCACACUCCCGGGAAGGUGGUACCUGUGUGUGCUCGCUGAGCUUUUACCAGCACAUCAUUACGGUGGGAACAAGCCAUGGCUCCCUGCUCUUCUAUGACGUCCGCGCCCAGAAGUUCCUAGAGGACAGACGGGGGUGCAUCCCAGACACCCCUCCAGGGUCUGCCGGGAAGAAGCUCAAACUCAACUGUGGCAGAGGCUGGCUCAGACAUGAUGAAAUCCUGGCACACUACUUUGGUGGUACGGAUGAAUGGUCAAAUGCGCUCUACACCCACUGCUACAACUGGCCAGAGAUGAAGCUCUUCACGGCUGGAGGACCUCUCUUUUCUGCCCUCUAUGGGAAUUAUGCUGGCUUGUGGAGCUAG